AUGGCGGUUCAACGCAUCAAUCGCUUGAUCAGGAAGAUGGAUAUGAAGGAAGUUGAAGCCGCUUUGAUUUCUACCACGCGUGCCGAGACGGAUCCUGGUGUGUAUGUGUGCGAUGCCUCGCUUGAAGAUUGGAAACGAUAUGUGAAAUCCGAGCAACAAGCGCUGCUGUCGCGUGCAAUGGCUUGGAACCAUGGCAAGAUUUACAUUGUCGAAUUGCCUGGAAGAAUUCACGACAAGAUCUUGGGCUCUCUAGACUUUGCUGUACUUUCUGCAACUGGUACGGGCGAGGAGCACUUACUAUCCUGUCGAUCAGUAUUCGUUGACAAUCUUGCGCACAUCGAGCCGGAUUCCAGCUUUGGUCCUGCCCCUGGUUUUGGCGCAACUCUGCCCCAUGAUUUGGCCUGGAUGGAGUAUCAUACGUUGAAAGUGGAAGUUGGAGUGGCAAAAGGAUGGCCACAAUUGGAUGCGAAAGCCGUUCAAUGGAGCCAAUUUCCUGGAGUGGAAUACAUUCUCCUCAUCCGUCUUUCACCGGCUCUGGGAGACUACCAGUACAAGCUGCGUUCAGUGGAUGGUGGCGCUCUAGUACCACCGGCUAUGGUUGCGACACCGAUUAUGAAUCCGACCAAUGUGGUGUUGGAUUCGCGCCGCCUUUUAGGGCUUCCUGCACUGGCACCGAUUCCAGCUCGUUUCACUGCCCCCAAUCUAACAAUUGAUUUGUUUCCGCUCGUGCAGAGGAUUAUAGCCCUUGCUAACGCGUAG